AUGGCGCCAGAACUUCCUGAUUUGACCCCUGACACCCCUUCACCUACCUUCAAACGUGGUUCAAAGGGUCUGGUGUCUAAAGUCUUAACGCGCUUCCAGUACAGUAAAAUAAUAAAUAUUAAAGAUCUGGCUACUUCGAACGCUUUUGUGUCCGAUACAGAUCAUCUCUUUCGAUUACUUACUUCCUUGGAAUUCGCGUCUUCAACUUCCAAACUCCCAGAUAUGUACGAUGUGCUCAUCCACUUCACUGGAGAAGACAUCCGCAGAAAAUUUGUUUCCCAUCUCGAAUCUGCUCUCUCUGCAGUUGGAUUCACCACUUUCCUUCUCCACCAGAAUGCAGUGAACCCAAUGCACAUCGAAGAACAUAAUCUGAAUCUGUGCAGAGUAGCAAUUGUUGUUUUCACCAAAACCUAUUCUCAGUCUGCUUGGUGUCUUCAUCAGCUUCAACAAAUCAUUCAAUGGCACCAAACUUAUUGCCGACAUGUUCUGCCCGUGUAUUACGAAAUUCAGCCAUCUGAUGUGCGUCUUCAGAACGGUGAUUUUGGAAAAGCCUUCGAAGCAACUGCACACCAAACAUUCUCAGAACAACAACUGGAGCAUGGCAUGUCCAGGUGGAGCCACGCACUCACCAAAGCUGCACAUUUCUAUGGAUGGGAUGAGAGCAAUUACAGGAGUGAUGCGGAACUAGUGGACACAAUUGUUAAGGGCGUUCUUAAUUUACCACUCUUGUCUGCUACUGAAUUUCCAGUUGGAUUACAAUCCUACGUGGAAAGAGUGAUUCGCACUAUCGAAAAUGAAUCCACCGGAGUUUGUAUGAUAGGGAUAAGUGGAAUGGAAGGAUCUGGUAAAACCACCGUAGCCAAAGCCGUUUACAAUCAAAUUCAUGAUAGAUUCAUAGAGAAAAGUUUCAUUGAAGAUAAUCCAGAAGUUAGUCGAACAAGAGGGCAUCUUCAUUUACUAAAAAAACUUCUUUUAGAUAUCCUGAAAAUAAAGGUUGAGAUACAGAACGUUGAGAUGGGAAGAAUUAUGAUUCGGGAAAGACUUUAUGGGAAGAGGAUGCUCAUUGUACUUGAUGAUCUAAAUCAGUAUAAGUAUCAUGAAUUAUCAGACCUAUGGGAAUGUCGUGCAUGGUCAGGCAGAGGAAGUGUAAUAAUAAUUACUUCAACAUAUGAAAACCUACUAAGGACAAGUCAAGUUGAUGCUGUUUUUCGGAUAAAUCCAAUGAACCCAAAUGAGUCCCUCGAGCUUCUUAGUUGGCACGCAUUUAAAGAAGCAAAACCCAAAGAAGAAUACCAUGACCUUGCUAAAACAAUAGUUACUCAUUGUGGAGGACUACCUCUAGCCCUUGAAGUCCUUGGAAGUUAUUUAUAUGAAAGGACGAAAAAAGAAUGGCAUACAGUAUUGUCCAAAUUAGUGAGAAUUCCCCAGCUUGAAGUUCUACCGAUAUUGAAAAUAAGCUUCAAUGGUUUACGUAAUCAAAUGGAGAAAGAUUUAUUUCUUGAUAUAUGUUGCUUCUUUGUUGGUAAAAGCAGAGCUUAUGUUACGAAGAUCCUAAAUGGUUGUGGAAUAGACGCGGAUUCUGGAAUAAGAGUUCUCAUAGAACGUAGCCUCAUAAAAGUAAAAAAGAACAAUAAAUUUGGAAUGCAUUCUGUGCUACGAGAUAUGGGACAACAAAUUGUUCGUGAAAUUUCAGGAAAGGAACCUGAGAACUGUCGGCGGUGGUACGAUGAGCGGAUGAAACAUGCAUUGUCAAAGAAUAAUCACACAAAAGUCAUGCAAACAUUAAGAGAUUUCUUCAAACCUUACCCUUUAGAGGUAAGAGACACAUCAAGAAUGCUGAAACUCGCUGGACAUUCUGAGUACCUCUCCAAGAAACUGGGAUGUAUCAGUUUGCAAGGGUUUUCUUCAGAUUACCUACCUAACGACCUUCAUCUGCAUGAUGCCAUAGUGAUUGAUAUAAAACACAGUCUUCUUAGACUUGUCUGUAAAAAACCACAGGUUUUGGCAUCGCUAAAAGUCCUUAAUCUUAGUCACUCCAAGUACCUGACAAAAGUCCUUGACUUUUCAAGACUACCAAGUCUUGAACAGCUCAUUCUCAAAGAUUGCCCAAGAUUGCGUGAAGUGCACAAAUCUAUUGGAUGUCUCUGCAAUCUUACACUGCUAAAUUUGAAGGACUGUACAAGUCUACGCAAUCUCCCUGGAGAGAUAUAUAUGUUGAAGUCUUUAAAAACUCUCAUUCUUUCUGGUUGUCCGAAGAUUGACCUAUUGGAAACAGAUAUAGUACAAAUGAAAUCCUUGGUAAUUCUAAUUACUGAAAAUACAGCUUCGAAACAAGUGCCUUUUUCAAUUGUAACCUCAAAAAGCAUUGGAUAUAUAUCCUUAUGUGGACUUGAGGGAUUAUCACAUAAUCUUUUUCCUUCUAUCAUUCGGUUUUGGAUGUCACCAACAAUGAAUACCCUAUCUUAUAAACAUUCGUUUUGCAUGGAUAUGGAAAAUAAUAGUUGGGAUGAUUUUGCACCAAUGCUUAGCAGCCUUGCAAAUCUUCGAAGUGUUUUGGUGCAAUGUGACACUGAGUUUCAACUAUCAAAGCAACUAGAAACUAUUAUGAUUGAAUAUGGAGCAAAUAGUACAAAACCAGGAACUUCAAAGCAGCACUUCAAGUCUUCUUUGAUUGGUGUUGGAAGAUGCAAAUAUUUCUUCAAUGCUGUCAGCAAUAGCAUUUCUCAGGUAUUUGCAAGCAUUGAGUCAUGUGAUGCUUCUCUCCCGGGUGACAAUGAUCCUUAUUGGUUGGCCCAUACAGGUGAGGGACAUUCUGUGUCUUUCAUUGUGCCUCAGAAUCGUGUCCUGAAUGGAUUGACUUUAUGUGUUGUUUAUUUAUCAAUUCCUGAAAUUGUGGCAAGUGAAUGUCUUAGAAGUGUCUUAAUUGUUAAUUACACAAAGUGCACAUUACAUCUACACAACCAUGGCACGGCAAUUUUCUUUAACGAUAUAGAUUGGCGUGGUAUAAUAUCAAAUUUAGGAUCUGGAGACAAGGUGGAGAUUUUCUUGAUUUUUUGUCAUGGAUUGGUAGUCACGAGAACAAUUGUCUAUCUGAUAUUUGCUGAAUCAAAUGACUUAGAAAUGGAACCUGUGCCAACGAAAAAUUCCCACGUUAGAUUUAUAAAAAAAGUUUAAGUCAUUUAUCCUCUUUGAGAACAGCAGGAUCCCUUGAGUUAUGGAGUUAAUCCUUGUGUCUUUGCGUGUAAUUUAGUUUUUCUUAAACUUUUGAGAACAGAAGUAUCCCUUAAGUGUAAUUUCUCAAAAUUGUAAUGUGACUUUUGAGCCAUUUUUUAUCUUGUUUGAGAACAGCAGAAUCCCUUGAAUUAUGGAAUCCUUGUGUCCUUCAGUGUCAUAUAUUGUCUCAUACUUUCGUUGUGUUUCUUUGAGUAUAGUUACAUUUAAGAAAUUCAUGUUUAUUACAUCCUAUUUCUCGCUCAUCGUAUUGUGCUUCCUUGAUUUUAUUUGAGCUGUUUAUUGUAUAUGCUUUAUGGUUGUUGCUUUUGUCAAUUCUUUUACCUUUUAUAGCAUAUAACAUUUCAUUAAGAAAUCCUCGAAAAAAAAAUACAAAAAAAUCCUGCAUUAUGAAAUAAAGAGAUCUGCGAUUCGAUCUUCUGUUACGUGUUUUGCCUUGGUAUCAGUUAGAAAGUCUCUGUUUUAGUUUCAAUAUAGUGAGCACCGUGGCCUCAUCCCUUUGUUUAAGGCUAAAUGAAACAAAGUUUAAUUUUAUUUCUUGUUAUUUUCGCUGAUUCUAUUUAUUUUAUGUACGUUUUAAAUAUAUCAUUUUUUAUCAUUUAUAUUUAUAAGUUUUAUUACAGUUUUCAGUUACGUACAAGGCACGUAACUCUAUUUGAGUUUAUCAUGUAAAAAAUGAUAUUCAAGCAAAAAGCUUUGUAUUUCUUGUAAUUCUUUAUUUGAGUUUAUCAUGUAAUACCUUUGUCCUUUAUAAAAUUUAAGUGCAAUGCUUAAGUUAAUAUGAGCAAAUGGAAACUUACCAUAUAUGAUUGAUUUUAUGGGUAACAAGAUAUUUAUGAACACAUGUUUUGUCAAUCUUGAGAAGUAUAAAUUAUACGGAUCUUAACAAUCACUCGUUUGUGAUGAGUAAUUCUAUGUGUUUUGUAAGAUAUAACAUAAAAAACAAAGAUGCAGAAAGAAGGUGACAAUGCAACAUAGUUUAUAGUGUUUUAUGUAUUGAAGACAAAACACAUUUUCUCCCACCUCACUUUUGUCAGAUCAAGAAGGAUAGAGAGAAAAACAAAACUAUAUUUCCAUAAUUAUGGUAGUUGAUGGGUUACCUAUGAGCGCUUUGAGAAGGGCUAAGCCAUAGAAACAUGCAGAUAUAGAUAGCAAAUGGAGAGGCUACACUGAUUUACGGUUUGUUGUUUAGGAAAGGCGUGAGUUGAAGCAGUACCGUUAAAUAAAUAUGAAACGCUUCCCUGAACUUUUAUACUAUUAGAAAAGAGUAUAAGGGAGAAAAAGUAAACAUGAAACUGUGAAUUGUAUAGUAUUUCACUUGCAUAUCUAAGAGUAUAAACACAGUAUAUAUAUAGGCUUUGUAGCCUAUUGUCAGAAAAAUAGAAUAGGAAAGAAACAGGGCAUUCAGUUGAAUAACUGAAUGCUGUUACACUUCUCUAAUAUAGACCGACAUAACCUCAAAAAUCUAGCUAUAAUAGUUUAUACUACCAAAUUUGUUAGGUAUUUGUUAUCCUCAUGCGGAGAGAAGAAAAGAACUCAAGCAGGUUACCAGAUAUGUCUCUAAAACAAAAUCAGACCAAAGAGAAACAAAGGACAUGAAAAAGAACCUUAGCCUCAAUUACUCGCUGGUUUCAGCUUCUUUGAUUUAACCUUGGCAUCCAUGAAAAAAUAGGCCCAUUCGCUCUUAAUGGACAGUUAAAGAUCAAGGAAUUGCCACCUACAUAUUACUCCAAGGCAACUCAGAGGCCAGUUUAAGGAAAUAUAAACACUUCAACAUACAGAAAUUAAGAACAUAUAACCUCAAACUUUAU